CGAGGGCAGCUUCCCGUCCGGAUGACAUAGAGAUCUACUCAACGGGGUCCUGAAUGCGCCUCUCUGCGACUCGCUGUUCUAACUUUAGCAAGGCUAGCAGCUGACAACCCCCCAGCGCUCCCCGAAACGUGCUGGCUUUCGCUGCAACGAGUCCAUGUUCCUAGCUCGCCGCUUGGUCAACAUGUCAAGUCACAAUCCUUUGUUGAAGCUGGAGCAGCGGGCAGCCGAGGCGGACCAGAUCAUCGAGUAUCUGAAACAGCAAGUCCAGCUGCUGAAGGAGAAAACUAUCGUCCAGGCCAGUGUCAGAGAAGAGAAGAAACUGAUGGUGGAGAAUGCGAAGCUGAAGAAUGACAUAGAGGAACUGAAAAAGCAGCUGCUGGAAAAAGAGAAGAGGAGGGGAGUACUGGAGGUGGCCAUGCCAUCAGGGGAACCCGCUGUUGAGUGCAGUUCGAAGCCCACCCCUCCAAAACCCUCUGGUCUAGCACCCUCUGCCUCCCCGGCUGCUGCUGUCCAGAGCCCCCCUUCCAAAGAAGAGAGUAAAAAGAAGAAGCCAGAGAAAAAAGGAGGGGAGAAAGCGGAGAAAAAGCAGGCAGCUCCCAGCCAGGACGAUGCCAAGGUGGAUGUGUCUCGUUUGGACCUGCGUAUUGGGCGUAUAAUAGCGGCAGAGAAGCAUCCAGAUGCCGACAGUCUCUAUGUGGAGCAGGUUGAUGUGGGAGAGGCUUCACCCAGAACAGUGGUCAGCGGGCUGGUCAAGCACAUACCUCUGGACCAGAUGCAGAACCGCAUGGCAGUCCUGCUUUGUAACCUGAAGCCAGCCAAGAUGAGGGGAGUGGUGUCCCAGGCUAUGGUCAUGUGUGCCAGCUCGCCAGACAAGGUCGAAAUCCUUGAUCCUCCAAGUGGAGCGGCACCGGGGGACAGAGUGACUUUCCAGGGCUUCCCAGGUGAACCGGACAAAGAGCUGAACCCUAAAAAGAAAGUAUGGGAGCAGGUUCAGCCAGACCUACGCACAGACGGCCAGUGCAUUGCAACCUACAAGGGAGCUGCCUUUGAAGUCGCCGGCAAGGGAGUGUGCAAAGCCCAAACCAUGGGCAACAGUGGAAUCAAAUAAAAUAACAUUGCUGCCUGAAAUAGCUCAGAAUUUACUUGGCAAUCAUGGUCUGUGUUGACGAUGAUGGUUUUGAGAAACGAUGGUGAUGAGUGGGAAGUAAAUGCUGUGAAGAUGUUAAAUAAAGGAACUUGAGAGUGUG